AUGCCUACAGGCAAAUAUGAAGGCUCAACAGAUCCAGAGGAUCACUGCACCACCUUUGACCAACAUAUGAUGCUUUACACAGAUUCUGACGCCAUGUGGUGUAAGGUGUUCCCAUCUAUUUUUCUCGGUGUGGCGGCUAGUUGGUACAAAGGGAUAGAGGCCAAUUCCAUAUACAGCUUCAGGCGGCUACAAGCGGCGUUCUUGGCACGCUUCGUGAGCAAGCAGAAACGAAAGAAGAUGUCAGGGGAAUUGUUGUCAUUUGUCCAACGAGACAGAGAAUUUCGGAGGGACUACCUCACCCAUUUUAACAAUGAAUCGAUUACCAUCCUGAAUUUACAACAAGAGGUGGCAUUCUUGGCACUAAUGAGAGGAAUGCAUGACUGCGAGUUCAAAAAAUAUCUCAGCAGAAAGUCAUACACGAACCUGGGAGACGUUAUGCAUAAAGAGAACGAGUACAUAAGGGGAGAUGAGAUGAUGAGAAUCUCAAACAUCACCACCCCAGCCGGCAACAAUUCAGGUUACAUUUCAGGCUAUAACAACAAUCAGCAGCCGGCAAAAGGAAAUAAUCCGAGUAACAGUCAAGGAGGUAACAACAACUACAAUCAAAAUAAUAACCAGGGAAGAGGUAAUUUCAAGAAAGAUACCGGAGGAAACAAUAACCCCCAGGGAGGAAGAGCCCGAAAAGAAGAAGAGAGGUUCGCGGAUUUUUUUGAUAAUUAUACUCCGUUAAAUACAGCGAGAACCACAAUCUACAACAUCAAUGACAAAAUGGAUGGUUGGAAAAAGCCGCCACCAAUGAUGAGUAGGGAAAGAAAUGUCAAAAAAAAUUGUGACUUCCACAACGAACAUGGUCAUCACACAGAGGACUGCAGGGACCUCAAGGAUAAUAUUGAGGACAUGGUAAAAAAAUGGUACUUCUUGCAAUAUAGAGCGAGGAAAGGAAACAUCAAUUAUAAUUCGGUUGGAAACAGCGGUGGAGGAUCUUACCGACCACCUCAACAACAACAUCAGCAACAAUAUCCUUAA